AUGGUGUCCACCGAAGAGCAGCAGCAGCCGGUGGCCGUCGUGGAGGAGGCGUCGCCGGAGAUCAUCUUCCGGUCCAAACUCCCUGACAUCGCCAUCAACAACACCCUCCCGCUGCAUCGCUACUGCUUCGAGCGCCAACCCGAGGUGGCCGACCGCCCCUGCCUCAUCGACGGCGCGACGGGCGCCGUGCUCACCUACGCCGAGGUGGACCGCCUGACCCGGCGCCUGGCGGCGGCGCUCCGGCGCGCGCCGCUGGGGCUCGGGCGCGGCGCGGUGGUGAUGAACCUCAUGCUCAACUCGGCCGAGUUCGUGCUCUCCUUCUUCGCCGCGUCCCGCGUGGGCGCCGCGGUCACCACCGCCAACCCGAUGUCCACGCCGCACGAGAUCGCCAACCAGAUCGCGGCCUCCGGCGCCACCGUCGUGUUCACGGAGUACAUGGCCGUGGACAAGCUCCCCGUCAAGGCCGACGGCGGACUCACGGUCGUCCUCAUCGACGCGCGCCGCGACGGGUGCCUCCACUUCUGGGACGACGUCAUGGCCAGCGUCCCCGACGAAGAGGUCGACGAUGACGACCAAGAAGAAGCAGAAGCGGCGGCGGGCUUCGACCCCGACGACGUGGUGGCGCUGCCCUACUCGUCCGGCACGACGGGGCUCCCCAAGGGCGUGAUGCUGACGCACCGGAGCCUGAGCACCAGCGUGGCGCAGCAGGUGGACGGCGACAACCCCAACAUCGGCUUCACCGCGGACGACGUAAUCCUGUGCUCGCUGCCCAUGUUCCACAUCUACUCGCUCAACACCAUCAUGAUGUGCGGCCUCCGCGUCGGCGCCGCCAUCGUGGUCAUGCGCCGCUUCGACCUCGCCAGGAUGAUGCAGCUCGUGGAGCGCCACCGGAUCACCAUCGCCCCGCUGGUGCCGCCCAUCGUGGUCGCCGUGGCCAAAAGCGACGAGGCCGCGUCCCACGACCUGUCGUCCGUCAGGAUGGUGCUCUCCGGCGCCGCGCCCAUGGGGAAGGACAUCGAGGACGCCUUCAUGGCCAAGCUCCCCGGCGCCGUGCUCGGACAGGGGUACGGCAUGACGGAGGCCGGGCCGGUGCUGUCCAUGUGCCUGGCGUUCGCCAAGGAGCCCUUCAAGGUGAAGUCCGGCGCGUGUGGCACGGUGGUGCGCAACGCCGAGCUCAAGAUCGUCGACCCGGACACCGGUAAGUCUCUCGGCCGGAACCUCCCCGGAGAGAUCUGCAUCAGGGGCCAGCAGAUCAUGAAAGGUUACCUGAACAACCCGGAGGCGACCAAGAAUAGCAUCGACGCCGACGGGUGGCUGCACACCGGCGACGUCGGCUUUGUGGACGACGACGACGAGAUCUUCAUCGUGGACAGGCUUAAGGAGAUCAUCAAGUACAAGGGCCUCCAGGUGGCCCCCGCAGAGCUAGAGGCCCUGCUCAUCACCCACCCAAGCAUCGCCGAUGCCGCUGUCGUCGGGAAACAAGUCGAGCCAGAAAUCGGGGAAAUCCCAGUCGCCUUUGUGGCCAAGGCCAAAGGGACCGAGCUCAGCGAAGAUGACGUGAAACAAUUUGUGGCCAAGGAGGUGAUCUACUACAAGAAGGUCCGUGAAGUGAUGUUCGUGGACAAGAUCCCCAAGGCUCCAUCGGGCAAGAUAUUGCGCAAGGAGCUAAGGAAGCAGCUUCAGCAGCAGCAACAAGUGGUGUGA